AUGUACCAGGACAACAACCCCAUUCCCAACCACGUGCUGUGGCCGGGAUGGGUCGAUCCGCACGCAACACUCAUGGCUGAGCCCACGAACAUGCAGUUGUGCCCUUACCAACCCAGCGAAAAGGACAUGGACAAGAAGGGCAAGAGAUUUCCUCCUGACGCAAUCGCCUUCAUAGCCUCCAACGGCAUCGGCGUCCCGCGCUACAUCGGCCUCGCCCUCGCCGCCGCCGCCGCCAACCCCUACGCCAGCCUCACCAGCCCCUUGAUCUGCCCUCCCUACCCUCGCCUAGCCCCCUUGGACCUUCCCGAUUUCCUACUUCGCGACCACCACCACCAUCUCCGUCUCCCUGCCGAUCAAACCACCGAGUCCUGGGACAUGGUCGUCAUCGGCCCUAUCUCCUCCGGCUUCUGCUACGCAAUGGGCUGGCUCGAGCGCAUCGAGGGUCCCGACGCCAUCCGUUCUUUCUUCCGCAAGCGCAUGGGCCAUCGGUAUUUCAGCUGGAGCAAAUGGGUGGAAGCUCCCAUCUUGGACGGCAGAGCUACUUACGAAAUUGAGGCUGCAGUCCCUGACAUGCGGUAUAUCGUCUUGUUAUGCGGAAACCGCGAGACGGCGGUAGCGGCUGAGAGAAUAUUUCGGUAUACGGAUUUGACGAGGAGGAAGAAGAGAUUGGUGACGAGUUUCAAGGUGGAGUGGGAGGGGUUUCAGGAUUGGUGGGAGCCGAGGGAGUCAGAUCCGGCUACGGGGCUGCCGUUGCCGCCUGAUAGGGAGAAGGAGAGCGAGUUGAGGGAUGUGGUGUAUCCGAGGAUUGAAAGGACGGAGCCGGAGGAGAGGGUGUUUUGCUGGCCGAUGAGGUUGGGGAAGCCGGGUGGGCCUUAUUGGCAGUCUAUUUGA